AUGGAGCGUCUUCACUCCACGUCAAGCAGAGGCUUAGCUGGAUGGGGCAACCCAACUUUGCCCAAGAGCGGCUUCACGCUGUUCCUCCGCGUACAUUCCGCUCAAAAUCUGGCGGCAAUGGGGCGUGGAUCGUACUGCAAACUCUAUCUCGGCAACACCGAAGUGGUCGAAGGAUCCGCUAAUGCUGGAGCCUCAUUCAGCAACCUUUUGGCGGUCGACAAUGGCCAACCUUCGACUCACCGAAUUUUCCGGACGAAAGUUCUGUACACAGACCAGAAAUCCUGUCCGGAAUGGAACGAGAAGCUCGAGCUCCACGUGAUGGACCCGGAUAUCGAGAUCUUAACCAUCCGCGUUAAGAACCAGCUGAUGCUCUUCUGUCCUGCUAUCGGCGCAUGUGCCAUUCCGCUUUGCAAUGUGAAAAUAGGGGAACCGGCGGAGCAGUGGUUCCCUCUGUACAAGCAGAACAAACCCGCGGGUCAUAUCCGUCUUCAGCUGUUGCUAAAGGAGAAAGAUCCUGUGCUGCAACAGCCUCCUGUGGCAGUAAACGAGUCACCGAUGCAAAGGCUGAUCCAGCAACAUUGCCAACAAGAGCGAGAGCGGCGUCAAUCGCAGCAAAGUGAGGAAACGAUACGACGUCGACAGUUUGAAGAGCACGAGAGGAUGGAAAUGGAGUUGAGACGACAGAAACGAGAAGCCGAAGAGCGAGAACGGACGGUAAUUGAGGAGAUGGCAAAGAUGCAAGCAUUUCAUGAGCAAAUGCAACGAGAGGAGCAGGCGAAAGUUCAGACUUAUUUGCAGAAACAAAUGACUCACGAGGAAGUUUUUCAUGCUCAAGUGUUGCCAGAGAAGAUGCGCAACUUAAAGAUUGAGGAAACACCAGAAGUAACGAAAAACGUUAAGUACUUUGCUGAUGACGUCGCGACAUCAUCGACGUCAACAUCGAGUUUUUCUGGUUUACAGGACGGAAGUCAUGAACGCAUUCCGGAAGCUGUGGAGGUUACCGACGUGAUGUUGGGAGAAGUGAUGCACGACGCCUUGCCCUCGGACUCGUCCGAUGAAGAUGGGACGCAGCGGAUCCAACGCAAGGAGAAAGACCGGGAUGCUAGUACGCGGCCACAUGGGUUGAAAGAAAGCGAAGCGAACAGCCCUCCGUUGUUCCCUAGAGCUUCGGACACAAAGUUAAAAGGGGAGAUCCCUCAAACGAGGUUAUCUGCACAUGACCCGUCAAGCUCAGAGGAAACGUCCUCCUCUGAGGAAGAACGUCGUCAUCGUCGACGACGUCGCAGGGAGAAGAAAGCGAAACGAAAAGAGCGUCGCCGAAGACGCAAAGCGAAGCGGAAAGCUCGACGAGAAGCCGAUGGAUACGAUUCUUCCUCAUCCUAUUCCUCGUCUUCCUCGUCGCCGUCUUCGUCUUCGUCGACAUCGUCAGACGAGCGCCGCAAGCGUAAGUCUCGGAAGCAUAAGAAGAUCAAGGAAAGAGCGCGAUCGCACCGUGAAGGCAAAGCGAGUUCUUUCGCUCGAGCGUCCGCUCCGUCUCACUCAAACUCAUACGGUCCAGACCACUCGAACUACCCGACCAACAAAUACAGUGAACGCCCUCCGCAGUACUCAAAGUCUCAGCACGGAGCAGGAUCGUCGUCGAACUACAUUGAGUCGUUGCCUCCUCAGCCUCAGCAGAAACGGACAAUGGCCGAAAAGAUCAGUACAGCUGCAGAUGUGGCCUCCAUUCUCUCGGAUAUAGCGUCUGUGGCGACGAGCGUUCAGCAGUUAGCUGGCGGUGGCGAUGCUGGAGGCGGAGGCAUCCCAUUUACUGUUCCUGACAUGAGCCAGUUUCUAGGGGGACAGGACCUUUCCGCAUUAGCAGGUCAAGACUUCUCGGGCUUGGUCGGCGCCGACACCACAGCGCAGUACUUUUAG